AAGAACGAAAACAUGUUUUUGGUACACAAUGCAUGUCAAUAAUAUGCAUACACUUUACAACAUGUACUUAAACACGGCUGCGCGGUCGAAAACCCAUUAACUACUGCACGAAACUGAAGUGUACUUGGGGAAGCGCCUGCUAGCCCUAAGAAGAGCAGCGCGAGCGAACCCAGAGGGAAGGAAAAAAAUCAAAAGAGUAGAGCACGGGCGCGCUUUCCAUAUUUUACGCCUCUAAUUUACUUCAUUCUGCAAAGCAGCGGUGAAAACUUGCAAACGAAGGAAAAGAAGACAUCAUUACUGCCACGGGGGUGUGAUGGCAGCCGUUGACGCAGUCAGUCAUGCCACAAAAUGGGAACUUCCUGUUUCAGCUGAAAGUGAGAAAGAGAGCCGGAAAGGGAGGGGAGAGCAGGGUGUAGAAAAAGAGGAGGCUCCAAGCGAAAGGCUGUAUUUAAGUCUGAAAGCAAAAGAGGAGGGAAGAGUCCAAGGAAGAGACUGAAGAUAUGCAGGACACGAGACGAGAGGACCUGCGAGGGAACGGGCGUUAAGACACCGGGAAGGGGCGAGAGGGCAGGGCGGCGUGGGGCGAAGAGAGCGCUCGGGUACAGCAGGCCGGGGAAGCACAGACGGGCGGACUCAGGGGCUCUCCUGCGGACGGGCGGGCUUGCAGCAGCGAGGAUGCUGGGGUGCAUGAACGGGGCGAGGGUGCGGAGAUGGCUCACCCUCUCCUCGGGGGUGGUGGAGUGCCUGUGUUUCGCCGGGGCGGUCUUCGGCUGGGCCUCCCUGAUGUUCGUCCUGAAAUCUGAGGGGUACUUCGGCUACCUGUGCGUGAACGCCACCGGCCCCAACGGCACAGCGUACACAGACUGCAGUGGCCAGGACGAGCAGUUCUCCCUGGUGUUCACCAUCGCCUCCUUCAUGAACAACUUUCUGACGCUUCCUAACGGCUUCCUCUUUGACCGCUUUGGCACCACAGUGGCCAGACUGCUGGGCAUAUCGUUGUACACCACCGGUACCUUGCUGAUUGCCUUUUCAAAUGCUGCCACGUCGCUGUUGCUCUUUCCGGCUCUUUCCUUCAUUGCUGUGGGAGGCAUUUUGUUACUCAUCACCAACAUGCAGGUGGGGAACCUCUUCGGCACCCAUCGAUCCACCAUCAUCACUCUCUACAACGGAGCCUUCGACUCUUCCUCCGUCAUCUUCCUCAUCGUCAAGGUGCUGUCAGAAGGUGGGAUCUCCAUGCACGCGUCUUUCCUCUUCCUCUCGGCCUGCAGUGUUAUCCACCUCACCAGGACCUUCCUGCUCAUGCCCAGGACCCACAUUCCCCACCCCCUCCCUGAGGGGUACACUUACGGGCUGGGCUGCGGCCAGAGCAAGACCUUCAGCCCCGAAGAGCCUGGAGAAAACAAAGUCCACGUGCAAAACGAGGGUGAGGCAGAGAGCGCGCCUUUCCACCCAGACAGCACAGAGAGGAAGGAAGUGGCCAGCUUCAGAAGCUGCGUCCUGUCCUGGUUCUUCCUGUGGCACCUGGUGUGGCUCUCUGUGAUGCAGCUGCGUCACUACCUCUUCAUCGGCACCCUCAACCCCAUGCUGACGCGGCUGACGCACGGAGAUCCGGCCCUAGUGAGCCGUUACACCAACGCCUUUGCCAUCACCCAGCUGUGCGGAGUACUCUGUGCCCCCUGGAACGGCCUCAUCAUGGACCGGCACAAGGGGAAGCGCAGAGGGCCAGGAGAGAGCGAGGAGGAGGCAGACUUGCGCUCGGCUGUGCUCUCCCUGUUUCUCACCGCCCUCCAGUGCCUCCUCUUCUCCAUCUGCGCCUCCACGCCCUUCCUCCCGCUCCAGUACCUCAGCUUUGCCCUGCAGGUCCUCAACCGCUCCUUCCUCUACGGAGGCAACGCCGCCUUCAUCAGCAUCGCUUUUCCCACCUGUCACUUCGGGAAGCUGUACGGCCUGAUGAUGGCGCUGUCGGCCGUGGUGUCGCUGUUGCAGUACCCCUGCUUCUCCCUGGUCAAGGGCCUCCUCGACGGGGACCCCUUAUAUGUGAACGUGGGUCUGACGGUCCUGAGCCUGACCGCGUUCAUCCACCCGUUCUACGUCUACAUGCACUGCCGGAGACUGACGGCGCAGCGGGAGAGACCGCAGGCCAACGGUGGCACCGCCGCGCCUAUCAACGGGGCCAAACCCCGGUCCGUGCCCACCGUCUCCUAGACCAAUCAAAGAAAAAGGGAAAAAGGCCAGCUCACCCCCCCCCCGUGAAAGCCGAUCACAGGCUUGAGUUUUAUACAUUCCUGCUGUCUUUUUUAUCGGGGCAUGAGCUGAGCCCGGUGUGUCGCAGCGGAAAUGGAAGCACCUCAGUGGUUUCACAGACCUACAAAGCGCUCCUGUUCAAUCCUGUCUGUACCUCCCCGGUCUUUGGGGCCACUGUGCUUACCGCUGUUCAUAUCCAGCUGUGACGCAACCUGUAAGCAUUUUCUGACCAGUAUUUGCUAACUUUAUAUAGGGACCUAAUUUGUUGUAUUCGCUGUAUUAUCAAUGUAUGCCUGUUUAGCAGUUUUGUAUCCCAAAGCUCAUCUUUUUAGCACUCAAAUGUUUAAAUAUCUUUUUUUCUAUCUUUUUUUACUUUUUAAAAUCUUUUUGCAUCCAUUAGAAUUAUGUAUUUAAACAUACUGAAAGGAAAUGAAGGGCUUCUUUCAAUCUUAGCACAUAGCAGUUUGGCCUUAUCUUUCAGCGGGCGUUUUUGGAAAGGUAAGACUAAAUUGGUCUGCAUGAGGACUGAACCAAGUCGUAAGGACCAAGGAUAAAAUCAUGCUGACACCCGUGUCAGACGCCUGUAACGGAGAACGAGAAAACAUGAGGGAAAAGACAAGCGCAACAGCUUUUUCGCUGUGUUCACAGUUGAAGGUCUUUCAACAGUGAUUCACAAAAAGGAAAAGAUAAGACGAAGUACUGUAAUGUACCUGAUGAUGCUGUAAAAAAAACUAACAGAUGUGCCUGCCAAAAUAAACAAAAAUGCUGUGAACAGCAAAGAUUAAUAGUUCACCUUUUCUUAACACAAUAUUAUGUCUUAUUUUAAUUAGCCAUCUUAAUGUGCUGUUUUUUCCACAGA